UCCCUCCAACUAACUAAUAACUUUUCUCAGUAAAGUCUGUCUUCUUUUAGAGGUCUAUCCUCCCCAUCAUCACCGCGCCGCUGAAUUCACGAUUUCUUGCGGCCAUGGUUUCACCGACUGUAAACGUCGCCCGCUACUCUGCUCUCUUCGCUGGUGUUCUCUAUGGUUUUUAUCAUCGCCGGACAUUACAAGCAGCACACAACGAGAAUAAAGUGCAGCACGCCGCUCACGACAGAGAACACCUAAUUGCUGAGGCGAAGGAGGCAUGGAAAAAGAAGCAAGCUCCCGAGAGGCCUUCGGAUGACGUUAUCACAGAUCCAGAAGACCCUCGAUUCGACCUAGAGAAACUCAUUGCUAAAUGGGAAAAGGCAACAUAAUAUACACACUCCCAUUUCCUUCGUUGUGGCUCUAGAGAUGAUUGGACCUCUCAUGCAAAAGAAAAUUAGACUCCGACGACCUGUCAUAUUCUAUUCGGCCUUUCGGAUUGUCACCUACGCUUAUGCUCACAGACUGCAUUAUUUAUGAGGCUGGGUGUAGAAUACUUAUAUACAGUAUACAGUACAGUCUCAAAAUGAAUGGCCGAAGUUUUACUGUCA